CGCGGGGCUGGAACUCACGGACCCCGAGAUCAUGACCUGCGCGGAAGUCGGACGCUCAACCGACGGAGCCACCCAGGCGCCCCUCACCUGAAGAGCUUUCAGAACGGCUGAUGCCUGGGUCUGCCACCCAGAAAUUCGAAUGUAAUCAGCCGGGACUGUGGCCUGAGCUCGAGGAGUUAGUCAGCCAGGUGACCCUAACGCGCAGCCACGGCGGAGAACCACGGAGGAGCCCCCGCCACCAAGCUCUCCCUACCCGGGCUCCGAGGGUUAAGCGGGAACUGGCGGGUGGGGGCGGGGCUUCGAGGCAGGGGCGGGGCCGCAGAGGAAGCCUGGCGGGAUCUCCAGGUCGCCGCCGCCAGCCCGCCCGGCCGUAGCUAAGACGAGCGGAAACGCCUCCGUUUUACAAAACAAAGGGAGAAACGGGAGGCGUGCGCGGCCCGCGGGGCUGAGACCUCGGCGGUUGGCCCCUCCGGCCCGGGCGCUGCAGCAUCUUUGGAUGGCCAUGGCGACGAGCCUUGGGAGCGGCUGGCGCUGGGGGUCCGACGGCCGCCAGGCGCCUCCGAAGAUCACGCCGACCGUGGAGGAGCUGCAGAGCCGCGUGCAAGAGACGCUGGACCUGCUGUCCCCGCGGGAGCUGAGCCACUUCCGCGUCCUCCUCAAGACCGUGGACGAGGGGCCGCGCGUGAGCCCCCUGCGGCUGGAGCUGGAGGGCGGCAGCAAGGCGGGGCUGGCCCGUCUCCUGGCCCAGCACUACUACCUGCCCGCCGUGUCGCGCGUUCUCAUCAAGGUGCUGCAGCAGCUGCGCCGCGCCGACCUGCUGCCGCGCUGGCAGAGCGCGGAAGACGACGACCGCCGGGAGAUUCCAAGAAAGAUUCUAAAGAGAAGCUAUGACUGUGUGGAUGGCGAACUGGACUGUUAUGACCUGAGUGGCAAGCGGAAGGCUUUCCUCAUGUGUGUGGAGAAGAACAGACCCGGGGCUCACCGGGACGUCAUGCUAAUGACCGAAUGGCUUGGCCAAUGCCAGUUUGAGCAUACUUCGUGCAUCGAUCCAAACAAAAUGGAGUUACUUGGGAAAAUAUCAUCAUUUCGGGAUGGACUCAAUGAAAUUAAGGAUGAUGUUGGCUGUUGCCUUGUUACUCUUAUGUCCCACGGGGAGAAAGGCUUUAUUAAGAUGAAAGAUGGUGAGAGAGUCAGCCUGGAGGACAUUUUUGAAAUGUUUAAUAAUAAAAAUUGUCCGGCACUUCAAGAGAAACCAAAGAUCUUUAUAAUCCAGGCCUGCAGAGGAGAGAAAAGAGAUAAUGGUGUUGAGACAGACGAUGAACCCAUGGAGUCUGAUGACGUAUCUGAGAAGAGGAGGCUGCCCACGUUCAGUGAUUACUUCAUCAUCUAUCCUACCCAGGCAGAUGAAGCCGCUGUGAACACACGUGUGUACAUCUUUGGGCAUAUGUUUUUGUUCUCCUUGGGUACAUACGAAGAAGUGGAAUGGUUGGUUCACAUAGCAGAUCACGUUGCUUUACGGCACCCUCGCACGGGCUCGGUGAUGAUCGAAGCGAUGGCGGAGGUCUUUAAACAGCAUGGAAAUAAGUGGCACAUCGCUGACUUUUUCACCAAAAUACGAAUCCAGUUAAGCUUUCCAACACCCCUCAGGGACCUCCUGGGAUUCACAUCCCCUGUGACAGAUGGGGGCGAGUCGGUGGCUGAGCUGGCACCCCAGCCUGGGCAGAGUGCUUCUAGAGUCCAUGCCCUAAUCACAAUUACAUAUGAAUUACUCCACACCCGCCCAAGGUGAAUAACAGAGUGGUGCACACUGAGUUUCAUCUACACGAGGAACCCAUAAAAGUGUCACUUGUCAUGGAGUCGACUUUAACUAAAUCUGUGUACUUUUGACGUCGGGAGGAUGAAAAACUAAGGGCUGCUUUAUAACCGACGGUGUAAAGAACAGAGAGCGUCUGUAGUGCGGUUCGAAUGGUUAUCAUUUGGGGUUAUUUCUGUCACCAGUUGUACUUCUCCAGUUUGUUUUGCAUUUAUGUGUAUUUUUCCAAGAUUGGGCCACGUAUAGUUGGCGCUUGUAAAUAAUUUGACUUCUUUGAAAAGAUCACUGUUUUUGAAAAUGGGCUUUCCUGAGCUGUUACCGAAACAGGGAAGCCCAGCUCGAUUUGUGGACCAUUUUUAUAAUGUGCUUCCCUUACUGAUGACACUCCACCCUCUCCUACUUUGGUGCUGGCGUUCAUCCUCGUUUUUUUGGCUUAGUCUUCAAGAGCUGUCUCUGUGUAGUCCUGUCCUGGCUCGCCCGAUUUCCCCCAUGUUGUUGUCUGCAGCCAGACUCGUCUCCUUUUUGACUCCAUAAGCCAUUCUCGAGUCUGACCCGGGUGUCUUCGUUUGUACUUUGUUGUCCUUGAUGCCUCGCGUUUCCACCCGCCACCCAUUCCCCAGCUUCUCCCUUGCUGCGCGGUACCUCUGAAUGCUGUUUUCUCUGCGUGGGAUGCUCUGUUCCUCUCCAGUCCUUUCCGCCCCUCCGGGUUUGGGUCAAGCAUCCUUUGCACGGGAAAGUUUUUCGCCGAGGCCUCGUGCUAGGUCAGCUCUUCCCGAGUGCUCACAGACCGAGAGCUUUUCUUCUGCAGCAUUUAGCACCACUGUACUUAAAGGACUGUGCAGUGGCCACGAAUCUCUCUCCAGUUCAGUCAUAAGCUCCAAGAGGCAGAGGCUGUGUGUCUCAUUCAUUGCUGUAUCCCAGCUUCCAUUGGUGCCUUAAGACAUAGAGAAGCAAUGUGAUGAAUGUUUGGUGAAUGACUAGUCUCUUUUAAUUGUUUUGUCCAUUCGUCAGACCUCGCCUCAUUACCUCUGUGCAUCUGGCCACCUUCCGGCCAUCCCCACCUGGCUGGUUGUCGUGUGGCGUCUUUAACUCCCUAAGUUGGAAGUCAACCUACAUUUCCCUUAAACCUCUUUACAAAACCCAUCCCAUUGUGAAUAAUCCUCUGACUCCCCACUGCCUGCGGAAUAUACUCAGAUUGCCCUAGGAGAAUAUUCCAAGUCCCUCUCUGUCAGGCCUGUACUGCCCGUUUGUCCUGGGUCUUGACCACACGGGAUGAUGUGUCCUCCCCUCAGGCAUCCCCUCUCACAGAAUCAGGCUUGUGGGUUAAUGAAUGUUGAAUGAAUGCUCUUGGCUAUGUUCAUUGAACAAUGAACUAUGGUUCAUUCUCUCCCUUCCGCCUGAAGCGUCCUUUGUUCUGUGUGCUUUCUCUACACCACACAUUCUUUAGGGUGCGGCUUGGGUCCCAUCCCACCAGAAGGAAAACUGUAUGUAGACUAGCGUUUACUUAGAGUUCACAAACUCCGGGCUGAAGAUGAGCUUUCAUUGUGAUUGUGUUCUCACUUCUCGUUAACUUUGGACUAUACUAAACCCUGGUUUCCACAUCAUAAAAGGAGAUUUGGCUCGGCUGAGAACUCAUCCAGUCACUGGACUUCCCUGAACUUUGGCCUCUUAAUAAACUGUUCAUGAAUAUGC